UUUCUGUCUGAUGGACAGUACAAACUCACACACCGUCCUAUACAGGACAUCCAUGACACACACCCAACCUCACACACUCACACACUCACAGAACUCGACAUCAACACAAAAGGAAAUUACUUUGCAGACAUGUUACUGUUACUAUACGUGACUACUGUUUCCUGCGUCUUGUUUGUUGGUUCAUUCGCUGAGUUUUUUGAAAAACGUAUGUGCUAUGGCAGAACUUUGAGAUUCCCAGAUACUUAUACUCCACCUCAUUUCAAUGGACAGUUGUACUUCACUCCAAAGAAGAGUGAAUCCAGGAAGCUAGUGAUGGAUAAGGACGAGGCAAAGGACCCACGCCUGCAUAUUUCCAUUGGCUCAGUUAAACUUAUAGAUUUGACAGAAAGAGAUGAGGGAAUGUUUUCUGUCUCAAUUGAAGAUGCUAUGCCAUACGAUGUUAUUAAGCUGCAAAUUGUGGAGUGUGCUUACAAGAGGUACAGGAAUUACGGUAGACCAUAUUCCAAUACCGUUCCUAGACAGACUGAGUUUGUGGAGUUUACUCCCCUUCACGAUGAGGACCUGCCGGCGGUCCUGUGGAAUCGCACCAACCCUCAGGGCAAUAAGGGAAGCAGAUGGCAGAUGAAGGGUUCUAUAUGGGAGAUUACGAGUGUCAGUCAGGCAGAUAGCGGCUACUACAACUUCAGAAAAAAAGACAACACUUUGUUGUCAAGGAUAUGUCUUACAGUAAAAGAGAACAAUAGACACUAUAAUAAAAAUGUGAAUGAACUGCUCCUCAUCCAAAAUCCUCCGGGGGAUGCCACAUGGACUGUGACUUUUACACCGGCAGGGGAACUGGAAAACAACACAUUGAUGGAAGCCGGCAAUUUAGUCACAGACGAUAGGAGGAUUCGGACCAUGCCUAAGGGCAUAGAGAUUAAUCCUGUAAAUAUCACAGACUCUGGCACCUUUGAGAACAGAGACCUGCAAGGUCACCUGGCCCAGAUUGUGAUAGUGGAGGUAGAUGAACCUCUUCCUUCUGUACUUCAUCCAUAUGUUUAUAUUGCCAUUAUUGGCGGGAUUAUCUUUGCGGUGGUGAUCUGCUGUUGCUGUGUGAAAAAGUGCUGUUGUAAAAACAGCUCUUCCAAAUCUGCUCCUCAGACUGCAGCCGCACCUGCUGUGUAUUACCAUGAUUCAAUUCAACCUGAAGGCCCAAGUUACUCUGCUGCACCUGCUCCAAAUAACUCUUAUCAGCCAAUGAAUUCCGUUGUUUCUGGAGAACAUACACCUACCCCCCUUGAGCCAUCGGUUGAACCUCUAGGAGGGCAGGGAGGCGAUUCAGCUCCUACAUUUGGCUCGGAUUGUCGCUCCUCAGACCCUGUGUCAAAGUUUGAGCCCAAAAGAGAGCUCACUCCCUCUGCAGUCCCCCACGUUUCAGACUCAACUUUCUAUGACGUUUACACCUCAGAUAAACUCAACUUUAACUUUCUGUAAGGAGCACACCGUACAUUCGAGUGAUGCGGAAUUUAGCAUUGUGCAUUGUGACUAGUGGAAAUAGAGCCAUUUCAGUGGCGUACAGAAAAAGGACCAUUUAUUCCUCUUUAAUAUGGAAUGUGUUUCAUAAACUCAGGUUAUAAUUAAAUGCAUAAUUUGCACUGUAUACUGCUGACAAAGAUAUCAAAAAAAGGGGAGAUGAUUUUAGAAUGAGGAUUCAAAGUGAGUCUAGGUAGCAGAUUUUGCAAAUUGAGAACUUCAAACUGACUUCAAUACUAAUGGGGAUCAAAAUGCAACACUGUCCACUGUCACCAGCUUUACUUACAUAUCCUUUUUAUAUAGUUGUUUUAAACCCUUGUCAUGUUCCUUCAGCCUGAUAUAUAGCAAUGUGUUUGUGUGGCUUUUAUCGUUACAUUCUGGGAAAUUAUAUAUGAUAUUAUUUUGUCUUUAUGCUUUGUAUAAAUUUCCAGUCCUACACAAGGAAACGUCAUGUUUU